GUCAUAAAUUUAGCUAUUCUUUUUGUUGCGUUUAUAUUAAUGAUUUUUUUUUCAAGGCUCAAUGGUCGUCCUAAUCCAAAUUUAAAUUUCUAUGCUUUAUCGUUAUGGUACUCUCAUAAAAUUGCCUGUGGUUUGUUUUACCGUCAUUUUUUGGUGUUUGAUAGCAGUUUUAGGCGUCGCAGAUUAUUACGAUUGUUACCGACGGCAAAUCGGUUUCGUGAACUGCUAUUCUAUUUACGGAAGUUACUGUCUGCCUCAAAGUACAUCUCCAAAAUGCACGAAGCUUUAACCGUUGUGAUGAGCCAAUCAUUUGAGGAGGAGUAUCGUAAAACAGCUGACUUAUUGGGAGUAUUGGAUGCUCUUGCUGAAGCGCUUAUAUGUGAUGUGGAUUUGUUUGGUCUAAAAUGUAUGAAUGAAAAUAUUGCAAUUCGAAAAUUAAUUGCUAAUUCGUUGACGAAUCUAUCUUUUGGUAGCCUACAGAGGAAGCGACGACUUUGUUACCACCCAAAUUUUAUUGAAUAUGUGGUUAAAGUUCUUGCUGAAAUGCAAAUUUUAGCGCAGGUAUUUUACAGUGCUUUAUUGCGCAAUCUAUCGUGGAAUGCUGACCCCGAUACAAGUAAACAAUUGCAUUGCACGGUGCCGAGUCUGAUUCAAGCCUCGAUGCGUGCAUAUGAAGACAAGGAUACCAAGUGUCUCUGCGCCACUUUGUCAGCCCUCUGGAACAUGUCCUUUUCUUCACAGAACCAGCAAACCAUAUGUCAAAAUUCACGCUUUCUUGAGACGCUUGUUGACCUGCUGAUGCAUGAUCCUCAGCAAACGGCGGUGGCAGAAGCUGCAACAGGAGUUUUGAAAUAUGCAUCUCAUUGUUUUUCGCAGAACACUGGUGAUUAUAUGCAUGUGAAUGUGCUGCAAAAAAUGGUUUUAAGACUCAUAGAUUUACUAAAAAGUUCAUCUUUUACCACAAUCAACAACUGUUUAUACGUACUUCAGCAGCUUCUGAAUCAAAAGGCGAUGCCGAUGCUGUAUCAUCUUGGAAACUCAAAAGUCAUGGAUGUAAAAAAUACAGUAAAAACAAUUCUUGAGUAUUUGGAGGCUAAAAAAUGUCAGUCGUUAGUGCGUUCAUUUGAAAGUACGCGAAGUGAGGUUCCGGAUAUUGGUGAUAAUACGAAUGGUUCAUUGUUUUGUCUUGCAUUUUAUUUGUUUUUCACUUUAAAUUUUUUUAAAGCUGUCCGGUGA